AUGAGGAAAGAGAUGGACGAAUUAAGGAGUGCUAUCAAAGAGAAGACGGACCGAAGCGUAGACAAAAUGAUAAGGGCUACGGAUUCACCAUUCACUGCGGCGGUACUUGAAUGCCCUGUACCGUCGAAGUUUCGCUUGCCUCAAUUGGAGCCAUUCGACGGACUCAAGGACCCACAUGAUCAUCUUAAUACCUUUAAGACGACUCUGGGUCUUCAGCAACCACCUGACGAGAUAUUGUGUCGUUCCUUUCCGACGACUCUCAAAGGAGCUGCAAGAGAAUGGUUUACUAAGUUGCCAAACUCGUCCAUAGACAAUUUCGAUCAGUUGAGUAGUGCCUUCUUGCGCCACUUCAUAGGGGGACAACGCCUAAGGAGGCCAGUAGAUUACUUACUCACCAUAAGACAGGGAGAGAAGGAGACGCUGAGGUCAUAUGUCAAGCGAUUCACCCGGGAAACUCUGGAAGUGGACGAAGCUGAUGACAAGGUGCAGCUGACGACCUUCAAAGCAGGGUUGAGAUCCAGAGACCUCGUGGCCUCUCUUGCAAAAAACCCUCCGAAGACGAUGGCGGAGAUGCUCCUGAAAGCACAAAAGUACAUGAACGCGGAGGAUGCUCUAGCUGCCAUAAAAGAUACUGAGAGGCCGGGAGACAAGUCCAAGAGGGAAGACGACCGUAGAGGGAAAAAGAGAGAUAGACCAGAACGUCGAAACAAUGACGGGAAUAGAAGGAAGGACAACAAAAAUCCUCGAACGGUAAAAUUUACUCCUUUGGCUAUGCCUGUUGACAAGAUUUUCACGCAGAUCAAGGAUGAGCAUUAUUUCAAAUGGCCCAGGCCAUUACACUCAUCCCCCAACGUACGUGACAAGAACAAGUAUUGCCGGUUCCAUAGAGACCACGGCCACAACACAAAAGAUUGCAGAGACCUGAAGGAGCAAAUAGAGGAAUUAAUACGGAAAGGAAAGUUACAGAAGUACGUAAAGAAAGGAGAAUAUAGCAAGUUCAGAGACGACAAUAGGAACCAACAUGAAUCCUUUACUCGGGAUGACGACCAUCCAUCCCAGCAUCCACGCAAGGUGAUCGGGGAGAUAAACACGAUCACAGGAGGACCCUUCUCAGGAGGAUCAUUUAGAUCACUCAAAAAAGCAUGCCAUAGACAGGUGAACAGCGUCCACACCAUGCCUCCAUCCAAGCACCGACGAACAUACCAAGACAUGUCCUUCAGUGAGGGAGACGCCAGGGGAGUAAAGCAGCCCCACAACGAUCCCCUGGUCAUAAUGCUGAAUAUAGAAGGGUUCAAUACCAGAAGAAUCCUUGUUGAUAACGGGAGCUCAACGGAUAUUAUCUACCUCCCAGCCUUCCAGCAGCUGAGAUUAGAUCCGAAAAGGUUUCGCCCUUUCGACUCCCCACUCGUCAGCUUCAGUGGAGACAGGGUCUACCCCAGGGAUAUAGUGACUCUGACGGUGACAGCAGGGACCUAUCCAUUGCAGUUGGCCAAGUAG